UCUCUAGCUCCGGCCUUGACCACCUCUCUGCUCACUCGCUCCAGCGGUUCCCCAGUGGCUCAGGAGCUCGGGAGCCCACGUCUGACCUCCCAGUCAUGAGCAGGACCAGGACAUCCCUUCUCCUGUUGAUGGGCGUGGCUUCCUCUCUCUGCUUCAACUUGGACAUUGACAAGCCGACCAUCUUCCCCAUGCACAGCGCCGGGUUUGGACACAGUGUGGUCCAGUACGCCAACGGGGUGGUGGUGGGAGCCCCCCUGGAGAUAAAGGCUGUCAACCAAACCGGUGGCCUCUACCGGUGUGACUACAGCACGGCCACCUGUGAGCCCAUCCAGCUGCAGACCCCCCCAGAGGCUGUGAACAUGUCCCUGGGCCUGUCCCUGACAGCUGCCACCACACCCCCUCGGCUGCUGGCCUGUGGCCCCACCGUGCACCAUGCAUGCAACGAGAACAUGCACUUGGCCGGGUUCUGCUUCCUGUGGGCCUCCUCUUCCUGGCCGACCCAGAGGCUCCCAGAUGCCCUGCAGGAGUGCCCGAGGCAGGAGCAGGACAUCGUGUUCCUGAUCGACGGCUCAGGCAGCAUCAAACCCAUGGAGUUUACCCAGAUGCUGAACUUCGUGAAGGCUGUGAUGAGCCAGUUCCAGAGACCCAGGGCCCAGUUCUCCCUGAUGCAGUUCUCCAGCACCUUCUGGGUUCACUUCACGUUCAAGCAAUUCUCGCAGAGCUCAAACCCACUACGGCUGCUGGACUCUGUGACCAAGCUGGAUGGGCGCACAUACACGGCCUCAGCUAUCCUGAGGGUCACAGAAGAGCUGUUCAGUGCCCAGAAGGGGGCCAGACAGGACGCCUCCAAGAUCCUCAUCGUCAUCACGGACGGGGAGAAAGUAGGCGACAACCUGGAAUAUGAGAAUGUCAUCUCCCGGGCCGAGGACAAGGGCAUCGUCCGCUAUGCGGUCGGGGUGGGGUCGGCUUUUCAGAAAGCAAGCGCCUUCGCAGAACUGAACGCCAUCGCGUCCAGGCCCUCGCAGGAGCACAUAUUCAGAGUGGACAACUUUGAUGCUCUGAGAGACAUUCAAAAGCAGCUGAAAGAGAAGAUCUUUGCCAUUGAGGGUACCCACACCGUGAGCAGCAGCUCCUUCCAGUUCGAGAUGUCCCAGGAGGGCUUCAGCGCGGUGCUCACGCCUGUGAGUGGGCCCUUCCGGCACCGGUCCCCCUCAGGUUACUCCACCGAGCUGGCCCUUUGGAAGGGGGUGCAGAGCCUGGUCCUGGGGGCCCCCCGCCAUCAGCACACCGGGAAGGCCGUCAUCUUCACCCAGGCGGCCGGGCAGUGGAGGCCGAAGGCUGAAGUCACAGGGACCCAGAUUGGCUCCUACUUCGGGGCCUCCCUCUGCUCCGUGGACGUGGACAGAGAUGGCAGCUCCGACCUGGUCCUCAUCGGGGCUCCCCAUUACUACGAGCCGACCCGGGGGGGCCAGGUGUCCGUGUGCCCCUUUCCCCGGGGGGCCAGGUGGCAGUGCCGGGCCAUUCUCCGUGGGGAGCAGGGCCACCCCUGGGGCCGCUUUGGGGCAGCCCUGACCGCCAUGGGGGACGUGAAUGGGGACAAGCUGACGGACGUGGCCAUCGGGGCCCCGGGGGAAGAGGAGAACCGGGGUGCUGUGUACCUGUUCCACGGAGCCUCGGGGCCGGGCAUCAGCCCCUCCCACAGCCAGAGGAUCACAGGCUCCCAGCUCUCCCCUGGGCUCCAGCACUUUGGACAGUCGCUGAGCGGGGGCCAGGACCUCACCCUGGAUGGCCUUGUGGACCUGGCCGUGGGGGCCCAGGGGCACGCACUGCUGCUCAGGACCAGACCUGUGCUCAGGGUGUGGGUGGAGAUCCGCACAACACCCACAGAGAUUGCUAGGUCUGUGUUCGAGUGUCGGGAGAACACAGCCUCCAUCCGGGACCUGGGUGAUGCCAGAGUCUGCCUUCGUGUCCAUGAAAGUCCCAGGACCCGGCUGGGUAACCUCCAAAGUGAUGUGACCUUUGACCUGACCCUUGACCCUGGCCACCUGAGUCCCCGAGCCAUCUUCAAGGAGACGAACACUCGGCAUCUGAGUCGAGUCAGAGUCCUUGAUCUGAGACAGCACUGCGAGGACGUGAAGCUGCUGCUCCCGGCUUGCGUGGAGGACGCGAUGAUCCCCAUCACCUUGAGUCUCAAUUUCUCCCUGGUGGGCAAGCCCAUCCCAUCCUUUGGGAACCUCCAGCCUAUUCUGGCCCCGGACACCCGCAGACACUUCACGGCCUCUCUCCCCUUUGAGAAGAACUGUGGGGACGACCGUGUCUGCCAGGACGACCUUGGCAUCACCGUUGACGCCUCUGGCUUGGAGACCCUGGUGGUGGGGAACACCCUGGAGCUGAACAUGGGAGUGAAAGUGUGGAAUGAUGGUGAGGACUCCUAUGGGACCACGGUCACCUUCUCCUACCCGCCAGGGCUGUCCUACCGACGGGCAACAGUCAGCCAGAGCCGGCCACAGUCACGCUCCCUGCAACUGGCCUGCGACAGCGGGAGCCAGGACGCCUGGAGCACGCGCUGCAGCCUCAAACACAUCAUCUUCCGCGAGGGAGCUCAGGUCACCUUCGUGGCCACCUUUGACGUCUCCCCCAAGGCCAUGCUGGGAGACCGGCUGCUUCUAACGGCCAACGUGAGCAGUGAGAACAACUCCCCCAGGACCAGCAGGACCACCUCCCAGCUGGAGCUGCCGGUGAAGUACUCCGUCUACACCGUGGUCAGCAGCCACGAAGAAUCCACCAAGUACCUCAACUUCUCGGCCUCGGAGGAGGAGGGGAGCAGCGUGACCCAGCUCCGAUACCAGGUGAGCAACCUGGGGCAGAGGGACCUGCCUGUCAGCAUCUACUUCCUGGUGCCUGUGGAGCUGAACCAGGUGGCGGUGUGGACAGAGCUGGAGCUCCUCUACCCCCAGGGCCCAUCUAUGAACUGCUCUUCAGAGAGAACAGUGCCCACAGAGGCCGACCCCCGGGCCCACAUGCAGAAGAAUCCCGUGCUGGACUGCUCCGUUGCUGCCUGCCGGAGGUUCCGCUGUGACGUCCCCUCCUUCGGCACCCAAGAGGAACUGGACUUCACCCUGAAGGGCAACCUCAGCUUCGGCUGGGUCAGCCAGACUCUGCAGAAGAAGGUAUCGGUGGUGAGUGUGGCGGAAAUCACGUUCGACAGAUCUGUGUAUGCCCAGCUCCCGGGCCAGGAGGCGUCUCUGAGAGCCCAGACGGAGGUGGUGCUGGAGAAGCAGGAGGUCCACAACCCCGUGCCCCUCAUUGUGGGCAGCUCCGUGGGAGGACUGCUGCUGCUGGCUCUCAUCACAGCCAUACUGUACAAGGUUGGCUUCUUUAAACGUCAGUACAAAGAGAUGAUGGCGGAAGCAAAUGAACAAGCUGCCCCAGAAAAUGGACCAUCGGACCCCCAAGGUGGCCAAUAAGAAACUCCCUCCUGUUCUCUUUUGGACUUGCUCUGCCCUGAGAGGCUUCCUGGCCCUUUUACUCCCGCCUGCCAGGCUUGAGGGGGAACAAAUGUCCCACAGGAGGGAGGCUGGCAUCGGCUGCUUUCUCUCUUUGGAGGAUGAAGUUUAUUUGCACAAAGCGUCUCGCCUGGGAAGGGCCAUUUGUCUUGUCAAAGCUCCAGAUGGAAACCCCAGGGCAGGAUCCCUGCCAUGCCCCCCGAGCACGUGACCUGAAAUUUCUACCUGGAAAUACAUGGACCAUAGCCCCCAGCUCCAUUCUCCCUUCCUCCACUAGCCACCAGUGAUCUCGCUAAAAUGCAGUAUUGUUUUUUGUGAUUAAAAAAAAAUAAAGAAAUGUAUUGGACUGA